CGGCUGUCAGACAGCAGCAGCAGCAGCGUGUGUAGCGUACAGUGGAGCAGCUGGGCUCUGUUUUGCUUCCCACUCUGGAAACCGCUGUAGUGCAGUUGGACUUCACGUCUGGCGACACAACAUCACAGACUUUUAACAAGCAACUGCGUUUACAGGAGCAGAAUGGUGAGGACAGAGGUCACUAAAGCCACGGAGCCAACAGCUGCAGCUACUAGAGUCUAAUUGUAAGUGUUGAAGCUGUUGUGCCAAUGUGAGAGCACCUCAGUACCUCGUGCUGAGCUCCAGACUGCAGCAGCGGGACAAAAGACCUAAGAGAGGAGAGAGAGAGAGAGAGAGGGAGAGAGAGGGAGAGAGGAAAAGAGACGACGGGAGGAGAAAAAACACAGAAACAAGCCAGCAAGGAGAAUCCAAGGAGACAAGAUGUUGAUCAGAGCUGAGUUAAAGAGACAAACCUGACUCUGUGUGAAUCACAAAUCUUAAAAUAUAGACAAAAGAAAUAGCUUCUUGAUUUAAAAACUAAAUGUCACAAGGAAGGUUGAAAGGUUCACCUGCAACCAGACACCUUUAGAAGUUGAAAGACCCUGCACUGGACAUGGCUUUGGGCCUGUGUUCUGGUCCCACACUGAAACUUCUCAAACUUGCUUCUCUCCUCCUCUAAAUUUUCACAGCGCUCACCACCCAAAGAAAAAGGAAAAAACCCUGCAUCUCCUCACGUGACGCUCCUCUUUCUCCGCGCCAUCUUUUCACACCUUAAGUAAAAACAGUCCAAAGACUUUCCAGACCAUCACUCAUUGUAGAGAACCAGGCAGCUGCACACUUAGUGAACACGACUGACCGCGCUGUCUCGCUGAGGAGUGGACAAAAAACACUCACCUAUGCCAGAGUUUGACCGGCAACAGGUCCUUUUAUUGCCACACAUGGACUGUUGAUGAAGAAAGAUGGCAGUGAGAAUGGCAGGUGCCACCCCUUCCUCUCGGCCACCCUCCCUCCCCCCCGUGGCCCCGGCUCGGACUGGUUAAGGUUGGUGUAUUGGCAUCCAUCGCAACAGCAGCAGCAGCAGCAGCUGACAGAGUGUGGGAAGGAGCAGUAUGCAGGAAACUGACUUACCAGCCACAAAUGCCUUCAAAGAGUGCAAGUUCCACUGCACCAAUGGGAAUUGUUUGCGUCUGGGCUCGCUGAUCUGCAACCAGCUGAAUAACUGUGGGGAUAACAGCGAUGAGGAGAACUGCCCCGUGGUCACCCAGCACCCGCCGCCAGGCAUCUUCAACUCUGAACUGGAGUUUGUUCAGAUUGUCAUCAUUAUCGUGGUGAUGACGGUGAUGGUGGUGGUGAUCAUCUGCCUGCUCAACCAUUACAAACUCUCAACCUGGUCUUUCAUUACAAGGCAGAGCCAGGCCCGCAGGCACGACCAUGCCCUGCAGCAGGACGGAUGUCUGUGGCCUUCAGACAGUGGUUCGCGACAAGGUGCCUCGGAGGUUCUGUAUGCUCCCCAGGCUAGGGAUCGUUUCACUGCUCCCUCCUUCAUGCAGCGUGACCGCUUCAGCCGCUUCCAGCCCACCUAUCCCUACCUGCAGCACCAGAUUGACCUGCCGCCCACCAUAUCGCUGUCAGACGGCGAGGAGCCUCCACCAUAUCAGGGUCCCUGCACCCUGCAGCUCCGUGACCCCGAGCAGCAGAUGGAGCUCAAUCGCGAGUCGGUGAGGGCGCCACCCAACCGGACCAUCUACGACAGUGACUUAAUCGACAUGGGAGGAGGCGGGAGUCUUGGAAGAGCUGGGGGAGGAGGGGGAGGCAUGGGAGGCGGCGGCGGCCCAAGGCCGCCCAGCAGCAACUCGGGCAUCAGCGCGGCCAACUCCAGCAACCACGGGCGCAUGGAGGGCCCGCCGCCGGCGUACAGCGAGGUGAUGGGCCACUAUCCCGGCUCUGCGUUCUUUCUACACCAGCACAGCAAUAACCAGAGGGUGGGGGGGCCGGGCAGCAGGACGAUCCAGCAGCAGAGCCAAUCAGAAAGCACAAUAAUACCUGCCAAGGCCAAGGACGGCCAGCCAGACGACCUGGUGUGAAGAAAAGGCCAGCAAGGCAGGUGGGGUCGCCCGCCCCAGACUGAGAACUGUCUCUCCACUUCACCGCUGAUCACCAGUAAGCAGUGGACUGUCUCCCUCUCUCGCUCGCUCACUCUCUCUCUGUCUCUCUGAUGUCCUCCUUCCAACACGCUCAUGCACAAAUAAAUAUCAACCUUAGCUACAAGUAAACACGGAAAGAGAGGAACCAAGAGUUGAUAUCAGGAUGUAUGCACUGCAUGGAGACCUUUUUUUUUUUUUCUCUCUCCAUCACACGAGAAAAAAAACAUACUGCUAGCACAGAUUGAAACGAUUUGCUUUAUUUGUUCCCUCGGGUCACGGCUCUAUCUGCAGGAACUGAGGAUGACAAUGAUGUUUUGCUUUUUCUUUUCUUUUUUUUUCUUUUUAUUAUUAUUAUUUUAUUUCCCUUUAUUAUUUUUUUUUGGACCGGGAUCUGUGCACAAAACGAGAACUGAGCUGAGAAUCAAGGACUUACAGAGAACACAACAAAACAAGAGACUCACAAACCCAAAUCUUAGUGCCAAGGUUCACGAGGAAGCAAAACAAAGGGGGAAAUGACUCACUCUGACACUGAAAACACAAACAAGAAAAGUUGCACUAUCUUUUUGCUGUAAAAGAAGAGAGGGAAAGAUGCUAUGUGAUGAUGAUAAUUCAAAUGUUUUUGUUUAGGUUUUUUUUUAGUUUGUUUUUUGUUUUGUUUUUAUUUACCUGGGGUUUCUUUUUUUGUCCUUUUCAUAAAUGGACUGACUGAACUUUGGCUCCAAAGUUGUUUAAACAGUUGGGAGCAAAAAAAAAAGAAAAGAAAAACAACCAACAACAAGUAUUAUAAGCUUAUGUCCUUCCUUUUUUGAAUACCAGAAGAAAUACUUGUACCCAGCCUACAACAUCUCUGUCUGCUUACACCACAGGCACAGUGAGACUUAGUAAGAGAAUAACCUUUUACUGCUUCAUGUGCGAGUACACUUCAGCCUCGCGGGGAUGGAAUCUGCCUCGUAACCAGCUGCUGGGCGCACAAAACAUCUCUCACUUCCUUCGGUUGUUUGUUACAUGAUUUGAGGAAGGGUUUACUUUAGCCUGAGUAAACUCUGAGAAAGAUGAGGGGCUGCUCGGCAAAGACCAACAUGCUCCAAACCAACCAUUCUUGGUCACCUGGUUGAGUAAUCACGUUAACCAAAAAUGACUCGAGUCAUUAAUAAGAUAAAACAAAACGUCCGUCCAGCAGCCUGGUUGCAGCUGAUUCCCCUUUUCUCAACCCUGUCCCGACCUUUGAGCACUCGACACUUCCACUUUCCUGUUUCCUGCUUUGAUGCCCAACCCCCCCCCCCAACCCGCCCCUCCUCUCACCUCUCAUCCUGGCAUGCACAGUGCAUUCUGCCAACAGCCACACUGAAACUCGAACCCCGCCACCUUAACAAUGGAAACACAAAACAACAACAAAAGAGAAGGCUUGUCUCUCCGUCUUUGUGUCUCUUAAGCCACACACAGAAAGAGGGGAAAAAAAAAAAAAUCAACCAACAUGUCACAAAGUGAAGAUUCCUGUCUGCAUCCGCCAACACAGUGAUCAGGUUUUAAAGGAAAAUCGUCUGUGGUCAAAGUCUAAGGGCUAAGGGAGGGUCCUUUUUUUUGUAAAAGAAAAAGAAAAAAAACUUUUUUGAAAAUCUAGCCAUUUUCUCUGCUCAUCGUUGCCUUCUCCUCUGCUCUUGCGCUUUCUCUGUGUCUUGCGCUCCCUUUGUCCUGAACCGCACCCCCUCCACCCCCUCCACCCCCUCCACCCCCAGAAAACUGCUUCAUAACGGUGUUAAAACGCUGCUCAUCGUCCCCAUUCUUUUUCAUCCAUGUGCAGAAAAAGUGCGUGCAAAUGAUGCAGAGUCCGCCAAGCCCUUUAAAGUGGAGACUGGAGUGGAGAACUUGUUUGGCAGUGUGCUUGUGCUACCCCUCUCCUCCCUGUGUGUCUGUGAGUGAGGGAGUGAGUGAGUGAGAGAGUGUGUGAGUGUACUUGUAUUUGUUGCCUCUUUAGGACCUUUUCUUUUUUUGGCAUAAACACCGACCUUGUCAGGACCUGUAGUUUUCACGGCGUUCCAAACCUGGUCCUCGUGAGGCAGAACCUCAUUUCCGAGGAACUAGAUAAGUUUAGGGCUAAGAUUUGAGUUAAGUUAAGGUUAGGAAUUAACUGGUUAUGGUUAAGGUUAGGGAUAAUGCUUAAGGUUAGGCUCUCCAAAUGAAUGGAGGUCGAUGACAGUCCUCACAAGGAUAGCUCUGUGUGUGUGUGUGUGUGUGUGUGUGUUGUUGGUCAGACCUUUUCAUCAACACAGAAAAGCACUUAGUGCUCCUGCAGGAGCAUUUUGUGUGUAUGUGUGUGCGCUUAUGUGUCUGUCUGAGUUAGGAGUUUCAAGGACGUUUUACUUAUUUGGCACUGUCCAUAUUAACCAUUAUUAAUUAAGCUUUCAGCGGAGUGUCUCUUGAAAAAGCCUGAGAUGCGCGCCGGUUACUUUCAUGGCGUAGAAGUGACCUCAGCGUAGAAGCUCAAACAAAGUGCACAUGGUGAGUCCACCCACAGUUUCCAUUAAAGCUGCAGAAAACUCAGUUUAAUGGUGUAAACUGAGCACUGGGUUCAUAUCUACAGGUGUGUGCUUGUUUUAAUGUGUGCUGAAAUAUUGUCCCACAUUCGGUGCUUGGGAGAAGCAGAGGUGUGUGUGUGUGUGUGUUUUCACAGCUUUAACAUUUGCCAACCUGUGGAUGAUGAUGGUGAACCAGCUGCAGGAAGAAAAGUAUGAAACUUUUCUUUCUUGUCUUUUGAGGAAAUUUAGAGGUUGUUUUUUCUCGUUGUCAACAAAUCCCAUAAAGAGUGAAAGAUAGUUUAUCACUUAAGACGUCUGUGACUCACACUGGAUGUGCUGCCUGCAGUGCAGAACAUCUCACUUUUCAUUUAGGCACAAGUUAACUGACGAGGGCUUAUACACAGCGUGAGAUGGUCACAUGUGCUCUUUCUUGGGAAUGGACCUCUUGCCUAUGUUGCAAAAAUAGACAAUGAAACUGACCUUUCUUCACAGUUUCAUGCUCUUUAUGAGUGGCAUAUGUUCCCGUUUCAAAGUAAACACUCUUUAUUGUGAAAUAUGUCCAAGAGUUCUGGGAUUGAGUUGAGAACAGAGAAGUGUUGAGGAGCAGAUGAGUGCUGCUGCUGCUGCUGUCGCUGUCACGCAAUGCACACACAUCCAGUGUGAACCGGGCCCCAGACUCAGGACUCGAGACUUUUACAAAGACCCCACAACUGCAGUAUAUGGUGACCCACAAAAUCACCUUCCCUCAUUCUGACGCUUGGUUUGAACUCGUGCAGGUCGUGCUACGUCACUUCUACAUGCCUUAAUGCAUUAAGUUGCCCUCAUGCGGUCGGCUUGGUUUAUUAAAUAUUUGUACCUGAUACAGUGGCUGGUGAGCGUGUGGAACACGAGCGGGUCACCCUGAGUUCAAGUCGAACAAAAACAAACGGCAGUGUCUUGUUGAUGCUAAUGGAGCGUCUUUUUUAUCCCACUGUAACACACUUUAAUGUGUUUUGAUUCGAUUCUGGGCAGUAAACGGUGGCGCCAUGAGAAUGAGAUACACGCAGAGUCUGUGUUGUUUUUCUUUCUUUCUCCGUUUUUAUGGGAUUUACUGACAGUUAGAAAAACCAGGACACCGUCGGACGUCUUCAUGCCGAGUCGCACUAGGUCAAAUAAGAGGUUGUGUACAAUCGGAAAACAACAGAGUACUAUGACGGUUGUACUUAUGUUGUUUAAUAUUUGGUUUGUUGGGGAGUGAAGAGAGUGAGGUUGAUAACUGCAGCACAGCUCGCUCUUAUACUCUCGGCAGAUGUCUUUGUGAUGAUGAUGAUGACGAUGACGAAAUGUCUUCAGUGCGUCUGUUACCAUCAGUGUGUUUGAAUGUAUGCUUCCUGCUUAGUGUGUGUGUGUGUGUGUGUGUGCAGGUUACGACAUCACUGCUGCUAUUGUUGUUGCUGCUGCUGCUGCUACUAUUGUUGCUACUGCUGCUUCUCAUGUCCCUCCCUCUCUAUCCCCCCCCCCCCGUCCCUCUGUCCAUCCUGUCCCCUCGACUCAUCCGUUACUGUAAGGAGAGGAAUCAGACCGACUGCAGUCAAACGCACAGGUACCGAGACAUCAUGUGGACACUCACCUGUGUCUUUGACUGUACGGACCUGCUCCAUAAAACCCCCGGCUUUUGUCCUCCCUCUCUUCCUCUUUUCUGUUGUCGCCCCGCACCCCGCACCCCUCGCCUUGUUCUGUCUGUGCAGUCAUAGCUUGUAAAUGGAGGCUAUAAAGAUGAAUCUUAUGUUUUCUACAAGGAGGUUUGCAUGUUACUAUUAUGUGAGUAAAUAAGGUGCCUAACGUUCAUGUUCAAGCAGACCACACCUCGGUGAACCUGCUGCUUGGAAUCCUUGCAGGUGCUUCUGGGCGGGGCUCGCCGCCUGUCUGGCAGAAUGGAACACAAGCGUGCGAGCGAGCGAGCGUUGGUUCGGAUUUUGCCAAACGAAAAAGAAAAACAACAAACGACAACAAUAUUUGUCCUUUCCCAAAGUAGACACAGUGGUAACAUGAUUCCAGGGGCCUGGAGCGGUUGUCAGUCAGGUCUCGAGCUCCUUCAUGAUUACAGAGUGAGUGUGAUCCUGCAGAAAUUCAAGGUCGACACCAAACUAUUAAUGAAGUGGACCAGCAGGACCAGCACUCUGUGUAUGUGUGUGUUUGCGUGUUAUUGUUACCUCUUUAGGACAUUUUCUGGCAAAAAAGAAAAAAAAAAAAAACGCAGGACCACCAGUAGUUGUCAUGGAGUCAUGGAGACCAAAAACCUGGUCCUAACGAGGCAGAAGCUCAUCUCUGAGGAACUGGUUAUGGUUAGGGUUAGGCUGUCCAAGUGAAUGCAAAGUCCUUAUAAGGAUAACUGUGUGAACCUGUGUGUGUGUGUUUCCAUGUCAACAGAACAACUCCAAUCUUCAGCUCAGCCUUGAACAUUUUUAUUUUUCCUUUAUUUUUUCUUUCUCCCCAUCCCCCCCUUUGCUCCGAGUUCUAACCAGAUUCCGCGGGAAUGUUUACAAAGUAUAAAAUGUCCAUUGUGCCAGACAGCAGCGGUCGCCCCCGGCGAAGCAGCUGAAGCCAUUUCAAUCAGUAACAGGCCACGUGUGGAGCAGACAUAGGAACCCACUUGCACUCAAAAAGCUCCAACCUUCGUUGUGCCUCACUUCCAACGGUGCUUUUUUCAGUAGUCUGUCUUUCUUUAUGUUUGUUUGUAAGGUGCUGUAUAUAACUUGAAUAUAUUAUGCACAUAUCCUACCCAAUGGGUAGAAACCACAAAAAAUGUUGUGAAUAAUGUAAUAUAAUGUGUAUAGACAAUGUAAGAAUUUUAAGGAGGCAGCAUCAAAUUUGUAAAUGCCUACAGUUAAAAACAAACAAACAAACAAAAAAAAAUAAUAAUGUACUUUGUCUUUUUUAUGAGAAAACAUGGUUUGCAAAAAUGAUGCUUAAAUAAUAUGGUUGCAACAAAAAUACAACAUAAUAUUUUGCUAUAAAUAAUAGUGUGUUAUGACAAGGAUGAGAUAACCUCUGGAUUAAGCAAGUUGUUGAGAAAAGUUAUUAUUCACUUAUUCUCCUUUUUUUUUUUAAACUCCUCCCCCCGCAACGACACAAUUUGAUUCCUGUUCUCUGAACAAAUCUUUGUUUCCUCAACAGCUCGGUCAUUUAUUUUUUUUUUUAUGUUCUUAUGUCUCACAAACACAAAUCAGUCGGUGUUUGUGUCGCGUGCAUUCAGAGGUCGAACGUCAGUUGGACAGACGGGCAGAUGCGUCACAUGACCCAGUAAACCAUCAGCACUUCCCUAAACCAGAAGACGUCCAUUCGUCCAUAUUUAUCUUCUUCUUUUUACGUAGUUCCCGAGCUGCUGUGGCUCCGGCUGACGUUGGACGCCGCUCAUAGCACUUCAGCACGGCUACGGGACGAUCAUGAUCACAUGAACGCUGAACAGAAAAAGGAAAAUAUGACUUCCUCUUUCUUUUCCUUUCCUUUUUUUUUGCCACAAUAGAAAAAGUUGCACCAGCGUGAAACGUGUGAAAAAACACAGAUAAAAAAAACGUCAUUUAUUUAACCUUUUUCUCUUGAAUUAUUCUUUUUUUUUCUUUCUUUUUUUACAUUACAAUAUUAUACUCGGCACAGUAUAUUGAAACAAGCGUCAUGUUUAAUCUGCAGUUCAUUUAUUUACAGUAUGUACUAAAAAUAACCUCACUGUACAAUAACGGCAGAGCAUGUUCAUUCUUAUCUAUAGACGAUGUACAUAGCAACGCGCCAUUUUCUCUACAAAGCACCAAAUAAGAGGCAGUUGUGUAGUUUAUCAUUUUGGAAAAAGUGUCUUUGGUUAGAGCUCGACUCUCGUUCCUCUAAAUGAACCUUUGUUUGUUUAUUUGAAUUUUGUUUGUUUCCUGCACUAGCUUGAAGAACUAGCUUGGGCUCAGACUAAUCGUUGUCUGAUUUGUGCCCCUGCAGUGUUGCUCCCCUCUCUCCACGUUAUAAGACGUCUGUACUCAAGAGGCUGACAAACAAGUAGCUGUUUUUAUUGUUCCAGAUUUUAAUAAUAACAAAUAAUUACAACAAUAGCGUCUCCACAGUUUGGUAUUCUCUCUCUGUCUUGACAGCUACCAUAGGACUGCUUCCGUCAUGGGUUUUGUAACAUCGGUUUGCUUUAUUUACAAAAAAUUGAAUUCUUUCUCGUUCUCCCCCCCCCUCCCCUCUGUGCUUAUGAACAUAUGUAUAAAUACAUAUAUAUACGAGCGCAGAGGUAAAAACUUGUUGUGUAUUUUUGCCUCUUUUUAUUUAAGCAAUUGUGAUGUAAUAGGUUUUAGGCCUAAGGUCUGUUAUUGCAAUACUUUUACAGAAAAGAAGAAAAAAAAAAAUCAAAAAAUGUUGCUCUAAGUGCUGUUGUAGUCAAAGAUUUUAUGCUUGUACUUAUGCUGUAGUCAAACUGCAGCGUAAUGAAUAAAACUUUAAAAGUGA